ACGCCAUUACAUGCAGCAUCAGACAAGGGACACAUCGAGGUGGUCAAGCUGCUCAUUGAGAAGGGUGCUAGCGUUACAAUCACAGAUGAGGACGGGUGGACGCCAUUGCAUUUGGCAUCACAGGAUGGGCACAUCGAGGUGGUCAGGCUGCUCAUCGAGGAGGGUGCUUGCGUCGCAGUUACUACCAAUGCCGGGUCGACGCCAUUGCAUUUGGCAUCACAGGAUGGACACAUCGAGGUGGUCAAGCUGCUCAUCAAA